AUCAAUUCAGAGAAUAACAUAACUAAAUGUAAACAAACGUGUUGGUACGGGGCGAUUUACAAGAAAUAUCAGAAUAUGGAUCAUCCACGUCCUUGUGGCUGCAAGGGACGGCGAACGUGUCUCAUUUGCGAGAAAGAUUUUAAUCUUGAAAGACACCAGUCUAGUGGAUUAUUGGAGAGUGGUAAAGUCUACUCCUUUUGUCCGCAUUGCAAUAAAAUCUACACCGGCUGGAAUACGGAUGAUGUUAUUUCGGAACAUAGCCAUAACCAUGGAGGCCAAGUGGGUGAAGAUUAUCCCGGAGUAUAUAUUGACUUGAAUUUUUUGAGUGAACAGGAAGAAAGGAAACUAAUGCAAGGCAUUGAUGAAAUGAAAUGGGACAUUUCUCAGAGUGGAAGACGAAAGCAAAACUUCGGACCGAAAACAAACUUUAAGAAAACAAAAAUACGUGUCGGCGACUUCGGAGGAUUCCCCAAGUUUUCCGAAUUUGUUCAGGAUAAAUUCAAACAGGUACCACUGAUGGAAGGAUUUCAAACGAUAGAACAAUGUUCGCUAGAAUAUACACCCGAAAGGGGGGCCUCUAUUGAUCCCCAUAUCGACGAUUGCUGGGUAUGGGGAGAGCGAAUCGUGACGGUGAAUUUGCUCAGUGAUUCGGUGCUGACAAUGUCCAAGUAUCAAUGCGAUGAUGGCAAAAAGCGAUAUAACCUGGAUUUUGUUGAUAAAUACAGAGAUAAAUUGAUAAUGAAUUUACCGGAAGAACCAACGAUGGAUAAAUUCGACGAUCGAAUUGUCAGGAUUCCGAUGCCGAGACGAUCUCUCCUGAUCAUAUAUGGAUCUCCUCGAUACCAGUGGGAACACUCUGUUCUCCGUGAGGAUAUUACCGAACGACGGGUCUGUUUAGCUUACCGAGAAUUUACACCAUUGUAUUUAAAAGAUGGAAGUGACUAUGAAAAAGGUGAAGAAAUACUCCGGCUGGCGCAGAGAUUUUGGAAUCACAUAGAAAUACCGACUUAAGUUUGAUAUGAAAUCGUUGUAGAAUAUAUUUGACUCUGGAGGGAAAUCAC